GUCUCUGUCCAUCAGCCUCAGAGCCAGCUCUGGCUGUGCCGAGAUGGGGCUGCUUCAGCCAGGGCUGUGGCUGAAGAGGCUCUGGAUACUCGUGCAGGUGGCCCUGCAUGUGACCUUGGGCAAAGUACAGCUGAAACUGUUUCCCGGGAGAGUCAAGCAGCACAUCUUGGCCAUGAACCGGAAGAACCCGCACUUCUCCUAUGAUAACUGGGCUCCAACCCUCUUCAGCACCCAGUAUUUCUGGUUCGUCCUGAAGGUCCGUUGGCAACGAUUAGAGGACAAGGCUGAGGAAGGGGGUCUAGCACCAAACUGCCCUGUGGUCCGCCUGUCCGGACAGAGGUGUAACAUUUGGGACUUCAUGCAAGAUGGCUGGGCUUUUAAGAACAACGUGGUCAUCAGGAACCACCGGAACCUCCAGGACCGCCUUCAGGCAGCCCACCUGCUGCUGGACAGGAGCCCCCGGUGCCCUGUGGUGGCGGACUCAAUGGAGAACCAGAGCAGCCAGCUCUACGCCGCGCUGCCCGACAGGCUCUACGUGCUCCAGGAGGGCAGGAUCCUCUACAAGGGGGGGCCUGGCCCUUGGAACUAUCACCCAGAGGAAGUUCGUGCUGUUCUGGAGAAACUCCACAGUUAAUCUGGACAGAUCCCCCAGUCCCGAGUGACCAAGAGGAAGGCGCCUCAAGACUUGGCUCUUCCCCCAACCCAGCUGGGUUUUACCUCUUGACCUGUGUCCCCAGUUGAAUUACUAGCUCAGAUUUUUCUGAUCUAAGCAAACAGUUUUUAUA